AUGUCCAGUAAUUGCAGCAUAAGGGCUCUCUGGAUUCUCAACAAUCAUGAUUCUGUUAUUUUCUCAAGGAAAUUUCCGGUGGUGGAGAAACGGUGGCGGGACGCAUGUGCAAAGGAAGUUAAAAGCUCCGGUGACGAUAAAUUUAAGUAUAAUAUAGCGCCUUAUGAUUCAGAGUUCGCUGCGGCUUUUGUUGAUCGCAAAAAGAGGGAGGGAUCUGCUCGUGGUUACGGCCUACGUGUCAGUCAAUCUGUUGAAGGAUCGGAUUCAUGGGUCGAUGAUCCAAUUACCCGUCAUAUUAUAAGUCUUUACAUUAAUAAAGAAGAGAAAAGCGAGAGUUGUCUAUUAUGGCCUUUAGUUUUGCACAUGAAGGGUCCAUACUUCAUUCUUGUAUUGCCUUUGGUUGAACCUCAUCAUUUGAAAUCCUAUGCAAGAAUGUGCAAAAGUUCGGAUUGUGGAAAUUCUGUCAAAGAAGAUGAAAGUUUAUGUUCCCUCUUGCUUGAUCUUCCAUCCAUCACAGGGGCCUUUAUUGUGGCACAUACGAUAGGAGACGUUAUAACAGGUGACAUCACAGAGCCUGAAGUAUUCGUGAGUGCCUCUCCAUCAGUUGGAGGACUGCUGGAUUCCCUUACUGGCAGUAUAGGGAUUUCAGGUAUCUCAGCAAGAGCCAAACCUGUAGCAGCAUCUGUUGCAGCCUCCACUGCUUCCGGAACUGCUGUGAGUGGAGCUGCAAUGUCUGAUUCUCAAAAAAUAGGUUCAAGGCCCUUGGACAAAGAUGCACUUCGUUCUUUCAUCAGUAGUGCAAUGCCCUUUGGUACUCCACUUGACCUCAGCUAUUCAAACAUUUCUGCAAUCAAGACUACUGGCUUUUCUUCAGCUGAUAUGCCUCCUGCAGAUCGCAAGCAACCAGCAUGGAAGCCUUAUCUUUACAAGGGGAAGCAGCGGAUUAUGUUUACAGUUCAUGAAACAGUUCAUGCUGCAAUGUAUGAUAGGGACGAGAUUCCAGAUAGCAUAUCGAUUUCUGGCCAAGUGAAUUGUCGGGCAGAGUUAGAAGGGUUGCCUGAUGUUUCGUUCCCGUUGACAGGGUUGGACACUGCUCGUGUUGAGUCAUUAUCCUUCCAUCCUUGUGCUCAAGUUCCAGAGCACGGAGGUGAUAAGCAGGCUGUGACAUUUUCACCGCCAUUGGGAAAUUUUGUCCUGAUGCGUUAUCAGUCUUUUUGCUCUAUUGGGCCUCCAGUAAAGGGUUUUUACCAGCUUUCAAUGGUCUCUGAAAAUGAAGGUGCAUUUUUGUUUAAGUUGACCUUCAUGGAAGGUUACAAAGCUCCUCUGACAAUGGAGUUCUGUACUGUGACUAUGCCUUUUCCAAGGAGAAGGGUGGUUUCCUUUGAUGGGACGCCUUCUGUUGGAACAGUAUCCACCACUGAACAUUCAGUUGAAUGGAAAAUAAUAACAGGUCCUCGAGGAGUUUCUGGGAAGAGCAUUGAGGCAAUUUUUCCUGGGACAGUAAAAUUUGCUCCAUGGCAAAGUCAAAGGCUGAAUUCCUCUUUGUCUGCAUACGCUGGUAUUGCUGAUGAAGACAGUGAUCUUGAAACCGAGUCGAGUAGUAACAUUGUAAAUGUAGAGGAUUACUUAAUGGAGAAAAUGAACAAGGACCUUCAAGCAGUAGAUCUAGAUGAGCCUUUUUGCUGGCAGGCAUACGACUAUGCCAAAGUAUCUUUCAAGAUUGUGGGACCAUCUUUAUCAGGAAUGUCUGUUGAUCCUAAAUCUGUAAGCAUAUUUCCAGCAGUCAAGGCCCCUGUGGAAUUCUCAUGUCAGGUCUUGUCUGUUUCCCCGUGUUUUUCAAGAGCUUCCUAA